AUGGACGAUAAGAGAGCGAUGGCGGCAGCCGUCGACGGGAAUCCCCUCUUGAGAGAACGGACAACGCAGCCGCCUAAGAGGAGGUCUGCCUUGAUGCUGGGGCUGCUGACGACCAUCGCUAUCGUCGCUUGCUUCCAUUUGUGGCCACUGGGGACAGGGCGUCAACAUGCCCCAGAUGCUGAGCCACUCCCGUGGACUUGGAGCGAUAUCAAGCCGAGCCGUGACCUCGUCUGGGAGAAGUGCUACGAUAACCAGUUUGACUGUGCCAGACUAGAUGUUCCCAUGGAUUGGCUAGACCCUACCGAGGAGCAGCGUGUUGUUUUGGGAGUCAUCAAACUGGCCGCCAAGUCCAAGGGAAAGAACUUCUCCCCUGUGUUUGUGAACCCCGGUGGUCCUGGCGGAUCCGGAGUGCAAUUUGUUAAAAAGGCUGGUAGUCUGCUACAGACUAUUGUUGGUGAUAACCAUGACAUCAUCAGCUUCGACCCUCGAGGAGUCGGUGUUUCCACUCCACGAGUCGAAUGCUGGGGCUCUUCCCAGAAGCGCAAGCUGUGGUCUCUCCAGGACACUCCCGUCGUUGACGAGCGCCCUGGUCUUGUGUACGAUGCUUAUGCCCGCGCCUCGGCUUACUCGAGCGUUUGUGAGACGGCCAUGGCCUCUACUGGAAUCAUGAGCCACCUCAGCACCGCAUCAAUCGCCCGCGACAUGCUUGAGAUUCUGGACAAGACGGGCCACGCCCGGCUUCGGUACUGGGGUUUUAGUUACGGAACUAUCCUGGGUGGUGUCUUUGCCGGCUUAUAUCCCGAUCGUGUGGAGAGACUUGUUAGCGAUGGCAACUGUGACUAUCACGACUGGUUCAAGUUAGACCACGCCAACUUCGUCUCUGACACUGACAAGAUCUUUGAUGCCUUCGACAGUGCCUGCCACAAGGUAGGGCCCGACAGAUGCGCGCUCUGGGCCGAGUCCCCCGAGGCCGUCCAGAACCGUCGCGGCGACCUCCUCGCCCGCCUCCGGAUAUCCCCCGUUGUCGUCCCCGCGUGGUCGCACCCGUCCGGCCCAGAGCUCCCGGCGCUGAUCACCUACUCCAAGUUGCAGCGACUUACGCAGACCAUCCUCUAUAAGCCGCAGACGCAGUUCCAGCGCAUGGCGCACGUGUACGCGGCCCUGGAGCGUGGCGACGGCAUGCCCUUUUACGACAUGAUGCGGGAGCACGCCACCGACGAGCCCGGCCAGUUGUGCUUGCUCGGGGACACGCCGGCGACGAUGCCGCAGGAGACGGGCACCGAGGACGAUGCGUUCCCGGCCAUCAUGUGCUCCGAUAACGAGCCGGUGACCGAUACCCCUGAGGAAUUUGAGCAGUUCGCCAACAAGAUUGAGGGCAUCAGCAAGUGGGCGGGCGCGGUGAACCUCCUGUUCCGGGUUGUUUGCCUGGGUAAGACUGUGAGGCCGAAGUGGCGCUUCUCCGUCGAGGACUUCCAGGGUGACACGGCGCACCCAAUCCUCUUCAUCGGCAACAUGGCCGACAACGUAACCCCCCUGCAGAGCGCCUUCAACAACUCGGCCCGCUUCCCCAGCUCCGUGGUCCUCAAGCAAAACUCGUAUGGCCACUGCUCUCUUGCUGCGGCGUCGACAUGCACGGCGCGCCACAUUCGGGCAUACUUCCAACACGGCACGCUGCCGUUGGCUGGCGCCGAGUGCGAUCCGGACUACGACCUGUUUGAGCUGCCGACGGACCAACACGCCGCUGCGCAGGAUGACUUGGCCUCGGCUGUGUUUGAGUUGGCGCACGAGGUGGAUCUUCCGAGGGGGGGUUGGUAG